UGAUCAAACACUCGCCCGCCAAAUAAGAGGCCUCACCGGCCUGUCCCCGCCACUUUCGUCCAUAAUCCAGCUGCAGUUACACUCACUUCCGUCCCACGAUAGACUAUCCUUACUCUCGCUCAUAUCGCUUCUCAAAGAAAAGCCAUUGUUACCCCGCGAUGUCAUCUGCUAGCCCUUCAACUGGGGGACAAGAGAACCCCCAAGAUCCCACGAGCCCACGACGCGGCGGAAGAGGCCGAGGGCGUGGUAGAGGCGCACAAAAUGGAUUAGAAGGCGGACGCGAGAACUACGGGUCGCGGGAACGAGGCAGAGGCGGCGGGUUCCAGGCGGGCCGUGGACGUGGUGGACGUGGGAAUGGGAACAGAGAUGGCGGAGGCGGCCGUGGUGGACGAGUUCUGGAGAAGGGCAAGGCGCCUACAGGAGAGACAGAUGAACAGGGCGAGGCUCCCCAAAUACUCACUAAGCCUAACCUUGCGCCUCCGACCGAUGAGGACGACGAUGCCGAGGUGUGCUUCAUUUGCGCCUCGCCUGUCCAGCACACAGCAGUCGCGCCCUGCAACCACCGCACCUGCCACAUUUGCUCAAUUAGGAUGAGGGCGCUGUACAAGACCAAGGCAUGCGCACAUUGUCGGACGGAAUCGGAUCACGUUAUCCUCACAGACGAUCACGAGAAGAGCUACCAUAGCUUUUCCCCUAGCGAGUUCUUCAAGUCAGACGAUAACCUGGGCAUACACUUUGAGAAGACCGAGAUCUUCGAGGAUGCGCGGUUGUUGUUGCAGUAUAAUUGCCCAGACGGCGAAUGUGAUGUUGCUUGCUUGGGCUGGCCAGACCUGCAUCGCCAUACCAAGACGGCGCAUGGCAAGGUCAUGUGCGACCUUUGUACACGAAACAAGAAAGUCUUCACUCACGAACACGAGCUGUUCACCUACCCCGAGCUCAAGAAGCACCAGAAAUUUGGCGAUGACGACCCCGGCGCAAUCGAUCAGAGUGGCUUCAAGGGACAUCCAGAAUGCGGUUUCUGCCGAGAGCGCUUCUAUGGAGAUGACGAGCUCUAUGCGCAUUGCCGAGAUAAACACGAACGUUGUCACAUUUGCGAUCGCCGUGAUGGGGCAAGGCAGCAGCAGCAGCAGUACUACGUGAACUAUGAUGCGCUGGAGGUGCAUUUCCGUAAAGACCAUUUCCUCUGCCCUGACCGAGAAUGCAUGGAGAAAAAGUUUGUUGUGUUCGACUCUGAAAUGGACAUCAAGGCUCACCAGUUGGAAGCCCAUCCGAAUGGUUUAUCCAAAGAUGCUUUACGAGACGCUCGGAGAGUAGACAUGUCUGGAUUUCAGUUUCGAGCACCACAUGAGCCGGAGGCGGCUGGCAGACGAAACGAUCGGAGACGAGACGAAGGCAGAGGGCGCGGACGGGGACGAGAUCCGAAUGCGGAACCAUUGCCUGCCUCGUCCGCUCAGCCGCUGACCAGAGCAGAGCUUGCAUAUCAGCGGCAGAUGGAAGCCCAGAACUCGCACUCGGUGACAGGACGAGCUUUUGGCGGCCAGCUCACUGCAGAUCCAACUCCAAGCCAAGCAUUCGCUGCCAGACCUUCACCAAGCGCGUCUGAGCCAGCGACAGUAACAGCUUCGCGUCCAACGCCGACGUCUGCGAACAACAUCACGAGUAGCAUUAGAGACUUGAACCUCAAUGCACAAGCCCCGAAUUCCACACCACAGACUCCUCAGGAACAAGCUCGGCUACUACGUCACAACGCAGUUACCGAACGAGCUUCCAACAUGCUACGCAAUGACCAAACAAAGCUUCAAGAAUUCCGAUCUCAGAUAUCUGCAUAUCGCACUUCAAAGGUGUCUGCGACGCAGCUCAUCGAGGGGUUUUUCGCCUUGUUCGACAACAAUGCGAAGGAGCUAGGAAAGCUUGUCAAGGAACUAGCGGAGAUUUUCGAAAUUGAUGCGAAACGGCAGGGUCUGUUGAAAGCAUGGAGUGAUUGGAAAGCGAUCAACGAAGACUAUCCAUCUCUGCCUGGCUCUGCAACAGGACAGGCACUCAACGGUGCCACAGCGGCUCAUGGAGGAUCUAGAGUACUGAAGCUCAAGAGCUCAACAGCACAGUCAUCACGCUCAACGGCCAAUCGACAGGCGAGCUGGUCCUCAGCGUCGUCGAGUAGUACGUUCCCAGCUUUGCCGGCAGCAGCGUCAGCGAACCGCGUUGGAGCGAAACCAGGGCAAACACCAUGGGCCUCAUCGUCUGGUACAAGUGCGCGCGCAUCACCCAUGCCCUCUCGCACCGCUUCUUCAACAGGCCUCAGCAAUAAGGCACCCAAAGCAAACCUCGCGGAUGGCUUCCCCGCCCUGCCUGCAGCAGCCAAACCUACCAGCACCAUUUUCAGCCCUGGCUACACUGGGCUAGGUCUCCGGCGAGACAAUAGUGGACGGAACACACCGACAGGUAACGCAUGGGGCGCUGGAGAAGGCAGCGGCUCAACGACCCCGGCAGCGGAGGACGCGAGUGCUGGAAAGAAAAAGGGGAAUAAAAACAAGAAGCAGACUCUGUUUCACUUCGGAUAGAGUUUUAGUUAAAGUUUGUGCUCAUAAAGGUGUCUCCAGUAAUGUUUGCGUAUGUGGAUUAGCCAUCGCAUAACCAGCUGAUCACAAUGCAAAGUGCCUCAAACACGAGACUCGAAAAACGUUGAAGCCUCGUUGGCGCCAGUGACCAGUUUGCCGGAUGAGGCGCGUUAGUGCUCCCGCCGAGAUCCUUUGCGGUGGGACGACUCUCGGUCAAGUACCGUAGAAUUCAAC